UGACUAUAUGCGAGAUUAUGAUAUACCGACAAGCAGACUGUCUACACGGAAGGUACGGUGCAAAUUGUUCAAAAGAGUGUCAUUGUCUUUCGGGACCAUGUGAAAGUGUCACGGGUAUAUGCAUGCCUGCUUUAUGCAAAGACGGCUGGAGAGGACUCGCCUGCAAUGAAAUCCAGAUCCAGAUCCCUAAUGCACACAUCUCAGUGACAUCAAACGGGAUACCACACUUCGAAUGGACUGCAGAUAAGGUCAACGAUGGUAUUGUCAAUAAUCGAGGCAGUGCUGACUUGUGUGGAUGUUGCGCAGCUCUAGAAAGACCGGCAUGGGUGCAACUGACACUGGACACGACAUAUCUCGUGGAAAAGAUUCUAGUUCUAGGGCGUACAGAUAAAGUUGAAGAUUUCACUCAGUUUGACAACAUCACAUUGUCACUGGGAAGACGGAAUAACACACUACAGGAUAAAGCGCUCGAUAGGCAUAAUCUGUCUUAUGCGAUGACAAUACUGGCUCCUCCAAGGGAACUAGAUGUUGUACAAGUUUCUAGCACGGGACAACAGGUCAAUACAUAUAUGACUAUAUGCGAGAUAAUGAUAUACCGACAAUCAGACUGUCUACCCGGAAAAUACGGUGUUAACUGUUCAAAAGAGUGUCAUUGUUUUAACGGUUCAUGUGAAAGUGUCACGGGUAAAUGUAUGACUGAUGUAUGUAAAGACGGCUGGAGAGGAUUCGCCUGUAAUGAAACCUGCAACCCUCGAACGUUUGGUUUUAACUGCUCCUUCAUAUGCCAUUGUAAGGAAAAUGUAACAUGUCAUCAUAUUAAUGGUACCUGUCCCAGUAAACUAUGCGCAGCUGGAUGGACGCAUAGCAACUGUAGCGUUGCCUGCAAAUCUGGCACAUUUGGUUCUAACUGCUCCUCCAUAUGUCACUGUCACAACAAUGCAACAUGUAACCAUGUUGACGGUGGCUGCCCCAAUAACCAAUGCGCAGCUGGCUGGACGCAUGCCAACUGUAGCGUAGCAUGCGAUCAUGCGCACUUUGGCGAAAACUGCUCGUAUGCAUGCCACUGUAUCAACGGCGUUAGCUGUGAUCCUGUUUUUGGCAAUUGUCCUGAUGAUCUUUGUGCAACUGGGUGGACACAAAGUAACUGCAGCGUAGCGUGCAAUCUAGAUAUGUUUGGUAAGAACUGCUCAUCCCGUUGUCAUUGCCUCCUCGGAGCAAGAUGUGACAAAAGUUCCGGUCUCUGUCCUGGUAACCUAUGUGCACCUGGAUGGACAGAAAGCAACUGUAGCGUUGCCUGCAAAUCUGGCUUCUACGGACAAAGCUGCGCCAUGGACUGUCACUGCGACACGUGCCAUCACGUCACUGGAUCGUGCGUAGAGUCUCUUCAAUGCCAUGAUGGGUACAAUAUGGACAAUGGUUUCUGUACACCCCACGAACGUACUACCUUGAACGUGGUCGGAGUUGUUUGUGGUUGCCUUGCAGCUGUUGUUACCAUAAUUGGAAUUACUUUACUAACCGUAUAUUACAAGCGGCGACAACUUCAUUCCGCAAAAUGUCAUACUAAAUUAUCUACACCGGAUCAGAAAGAGACACGUUUCAACAAGGGAUUCGAUCAUAGCGAUCGGGCUAAUGAUGGCAAAAACGUCUUCGUACAAGAGAAAGCAGAAGUCGCCUCAAAAAACGUCAGCCUGUUAUUGUCUGGCAACGAAAAUCUCGUCCUAUGUGAUUACAAUGAUUACUACAGCUUUAAGACACUUGGCUCGGGAAUAAAAAUCCAUGAACUAUGGGGCUACAUUCACGAGAAGUGUCAAAGUGGUUCAACAUUCUUUGAAGAAGAGUUUAAAAAAUUUAGAAGCGGGCUUAUCCAUAAGCAUGAUGUAGCAUCGUCCGAAGAGAACAAAGGAAAGACCCGCUACAAGCAGAUGUAUGCAUACGACCAUAACCGUGUGCCCUUGACCAAAGAGAUUGAUGGAGAUUCCGAAUAUAUCAACGCGAGCUAUAUACACGGCUUUGAAAAGGCAAAUAAAUUUAUCGCGUCUCAGGGACCUACCGAGAAAAAUUUAGAUGACUUCUGGCGUAUGAUAUGGCAGCAGAAUGUAGACAAGAUUGUGAUGCUGACAAAUUUGAUUGAAAUGGGAACGAUGAAAUGCCUACAAUAUUGGCCAGAUGAGUUAAAUGGUGUGUGCAAGUACGGACGUAUUGACGUAAAGUACGUUGAUGUCGAGGAGAUGUUUGAUUACAACAUCAGGACUUUCACAAUCAAGAAGGGACAUGAUGCAAGGAUAGUUACACAGUUGCAUUUCAAGUCAUGGCCAGAUAAAGGUGUUCCCGACACGGCCUGGUGUCUUGUAGACUUCUGGAGAGCGGUGAAUACUCAGGAAGAGCACCCAUCACCAAUUCUUGUUCACUGCAGUGCAGGUGUUGGGCGAACUGGAACAUUUAUUGCUCUCGACAAUCUUAUUUCACAAGCGCAAAUUGAAAGCUGUGUCAGACCAUUCCAGAUUGUCGAAGCAUUGCGUGAACAAAGGGUCAGCAUGGUUCAAACAAAGGAACAAUACGCCUACCUACACGAGGCUCUGGCGGAAGUUCUUCUGGUGGGAACACACCACGUGCUGACAAGACAGUUCGAAAGUGUUCACCUGUUCAUGAUAGGGAAAGAUAGUAUUUCGACAGCCAACCGACUUGAACAACAGUUAGAAUUGUUAAAGCGAAGUGUUGAGAGUGAUGAGGGACAUUUGCACCUAGUGACAAGACCAGAAGCAGAAUAUGGAAAUAUUGGACCACAAGUGACUGAAAUAGAUGUAUAUCGACCACAACCACAAAGAAAGAGUGAACCAACAGACGAAAUUAAUAUCCAUACAUUCAAUGCACAGACGGGAAUAAUUGUGCUUCGCAAACCGAACGAACAACAGCUGCCUAUGUUUUGGUCUCGUCUCGAAAAGCUCGGCUCGACAACGUUGAUUGAUCUAGCAUCGGGUGAUAUCGAAAUGAAGCACCUACUCAUGAACAGAAAAGACGGGACACAUGCAACAAAAGGUCCAUCUGCUAUCAAAGAGGAACACCAAAAUGGAUUUGUUGAAAUAACGUAUUCCAUGAACCACGAGACUUUCCGCGACAAAACAAUAAAACACUUCGUGCUGACUUCGUGGAAAGGAGUAGAUAUACCGACAGACAGAAAACCAUUGCUUGAGAUGAUAUGUGCGGUGCACACCUGGCAGUCCGAAAUGGCAGACAACUCACCGAUUUUGAUAUUGGACAGUGGCGGAUUCCGGAAAUGCGGAGUCGUCGCUGUUUUAUUGAACGAGAUUUAUCGCAUAUUAGAACUCAAUGGGCGGAUUAAUAUCGUACAAUCAGGCAGGACGAUGGUGCACGAAAAUAGCCUUCUCAUCCGCAGCAAGAUGCAGUUCAAGUUCUGCUAUGAUGCGAUAUUGGACUUUGUUCAACAGCAAGGGGUUUAUCAGAAUUAUUAGUUACAAUAAUGUCGUAUAGUGUGCUGUAUUUCAUGGGCUUUUUGUGACUUUUAAAUAGGAACAUAGAUCUGUUGUAAACGAAAUUGUUUCGUCUGAUGUUUGCAUGAGUUGCAGUUUUGUAAUAUAGGUUUCUUUCAUAGGAUUCAUUCAUGCUGUUCAUAAACAACUAUAUAAACAUUCUGCGCGUGAUUGUUUUGAGAUGUAUAAACCAGAUAUCGUUAGUUUAAACCUUACUUGCAAACGAGUGAAUUGUUUGAUGCAGGUUAAAGUAAUACCAUGUUACGAUGCAAUUGCGUAAGGACAAGAUACAUAAGAUGGUAACGGUUAAAACAUGUAUUGCAUUUGCAUUUUUGAAUAAUUUUGUUUACUUAAUGGAUGAACUCAUGAGUAUUGGGGCCGGUUAUAUUUGUAUGUAGACCGCCUGCGCUAUUUAGUGACCGAAUGACGGUACAGCCGUUUGCUACAUGCGGGUAAUCUGCAUUGAACGGUUUGACCUUGAUUGCAUUCCGAUAUUGACACUUACGAUUGUUUAAAACUUUACUUUGGAAUCUUUGUGUUAACUUCAGUGUAUACAAGCAAAAGUGUUCGAACUUGUCGCCAUGUUCUUAUGUUGACCGCACUUGCAAAAUAUUGACCGAAACACGUCUUCUCCGAGAGCUACACGCAACUUUUUUGAACGAUUCGACUUUGCUUCUCGAUCAAGCAAAGUAUGUGUACAUCGAUCAGGUUGAUGAAAUAUAUCCUUACAUAAAAAUUAUGUAUAAUACUUUCUAUUUACAACGCUAGAAGCACCUACUUAUAAACAGAAAAGACGGGGCAUGUGCAACAAAAGGUCCAUCUGCUAUCAAAGAGGAACACCAAAACGGAUUUGUUGAAAUGAUAUAUAUAUUAUAAAUAUAAAUAUAUAUAUAUAAAUAUUAACUUGAUUAUCGAUGUAUUCAUACUUUAUUGAAACUUUUGAAACCAAGAGAUAUCAACCGAUUGCGGAUACAUAUAUACGUCUUUAAAUGGGUGAUUACUUUCCCUUGAUACCAUAAUUUGUAACGAUAUUCAGUAACUUAAUAUCCAUAUGCCGAAUGGCCGGUGUAUAGUGUGAUUGCUAGCUAUGAAUUUGAAUAUUGCAUAGCUGUUAAUUUAAUGGUUAUGUUUUAAUAUUUGCCUCUUUUAUCUAAUAUACUUUUUAUUAUUUUUCAUCAAGUUUGCUUUUGGUUUCUGUACUGUCAUUAUGUUUGAUCUUGUAAUAAAAUUUCUUAAAAACCUAA